AUGCCCCAGCUCGGCGGUGGCGGCGGCGGCGGCUCAGGAGGCGGCAGCGGCGGCUCGGGCGCCGGGGCAGCCGGCGGAGGGGACGACCUCGGGGCCAACGACGAGCUGAUCCCCUUCCAGGAUGAGGGAGGCGAGGAGCAGGAGCCGAGCAGCGACAGCGCGUCGGCGCAGCGGGACCUGGACGAAGUCAAGUCGUCCCUGGUCAACGAGUCGGAGAACCAGAGCAGCAGCUCGGACUUGGAGGCGGAGAGGCGCCCGCAGCCCGCCCGGGACGCUUUCCAGAAGCCACGGGACUAUUUCGCCGAAGUGAGAAGGCCCCAGGACGGCGCGUUCUUUAAGGGGCCCCCCUACCCUGGCUACCCGUUCCUGAUGAUCCCGGACCUGAGCAGUCCGUACCUUCCCAACGGACCCCUGUCUCCCGGAGGAGCGCGCACGUACCUACAGAUGAAAUGGCCGCUCCUCGAUGUCCCCGCCAGCACCACAGUCAAGGACGCCAGGUCACCAUCGCCAGCACACUUGUCUUUUUUAAUGUCCCAGAUAAGAAUGCCUUCCUAA